CCAACAUAAAUAAAACCUUAACUUUCCUUCAUUCCACUACUUCAAACACUACUCUACAAGUUCAAAUGACAAAUUUACCCUUCCGGACCCACUACCUAUUCCCGGCUGCACUCGCAUCGCUUCUUUUCCUCGGGUCCCUGCGAAUUGUCUUAGACAAUUUACAAAACAGCCACCACACCUUCGCCUUUUUCCGGCCACUGAGUGGUGGUUAUCGUGUCAUCAGACCACCCAUUCGUGUCUCCGAUGAAGAAGCCAUAAAAGACGGCUGCAAUAUCUUUGAAGGAAAAUGGGUUUGGGCAAACGGGUCGUACCCGCUUUACACAGAAGAAAGCUGCCCACUUUUGGUCAAACAAGUGACCUGCCAGAAAAACGGGAGGCCCGAUUCGUCAUAUCAGAAGUGGAAAUGGCAACCCGAUGGAUGCAAUUUACCAAGGUUCAAUGCUUUGAAAUUGUUGGAGAUUUUGAGGGACAAACGACUCAUGUUUGUAGGGGAUUCUGUACAAAGAAGCAUGUUUGACUCGAUGGUGUGUUUGGUGCAAUCUGUGAUUCCUGAAGGCAAGAAGUCUCUUCGAAGAGACCCUCCAAGAAAGAUUUUCAGAGCUGAGGAAUACAAUGCAUCUAUUGAGUUCUACUGGGCUCCAUUUCUCGUCGAGUCUAUUUCAGAUCAUGCAACGAAUCACACUGUGUUGAAACGAUUGGUCAGACUUGACUCCAUAUCUAACCACAGUAAACAAUGGGAAGGAGUUGAUAUAUUGGUUUAUGAAAGCUACGUGUGGUGGAUGUAUAAACCCACAAUCAAUGCCACGUAUGGUGAUCUUGGAAAUGUUGAGGAGUAUAAUGUAACCACAGCGUACAAAAUAGCAAUGGAGACUUGGGGAAAGUGGAUCGAAGCCAGUAUUAAUUCUCAAUCACAGAAAGUUUUCUUCAUGACUAUGUCUCCAACACACUUAUGGAGCUGGGAGUGGAAGAAUGGAGAUGAUGGGAACUGUUUCGGUGAAUCGGAACCUAUACAAAGACCAUAUUGGGGAACUGGUUCAAAUCUUGAUAUUAUGGGGAUUGUUAAAGAUGUUUUGGGAAAGUUGAGGGUUGAUGUGAGAUUAUUAAAUAUUACCCAAUUGUCGGAGUAUAGGAAAGAUGGUCAUGCAUCGGUUUAUGGUGAAAGGAAAGGGAAAUUGUUGACAAAAGAGCAAAGAUCAGAUCCGAAAAACUAUGCGGAUUGCAUUCAUUGGUGUUUACCGGGAAUUCCCGACACGUGGAAUGAAAUUUUGUAUGCGGUUUUGUUACAGGAUUAUCGUGUUUCUUGA